UACGGCAGACAUAUUGAGAUUUUUACACAAAUUAGUUAUGGCCCAUGGAAGUGGACAGGUUCCAGUUUCCUGUAGUCUUUGUGAGGAGAACACUAGAAUAGAAUGGAAAUGUCUCAACUGUGAUAUGCUAAUGUGUGACAAAUGUAAGGAGAAAAUCCAUGUGAAAUUCAAAUUUGCCAAGGAUCACAAAGUUGUUUCAAUUGCGGAGGUGGGGCUUCAUAAGGAUGAAAUAGAUUUUUCCAAUAUCAGCUGCAGUAAACACCCAGUUCAAUCAUGUGUGAUGUUCUGCAAGUCUUGUAUUUACUUAGUAUGUCCUCUAUGUAUCUCCGAAACCCAUAACGGCCAUGGAUUGGUAACCAUCAGAGAGGGAUAUGAAAUCCUGAUAGGCAAAUUGAAGACCAGAGGAAAAAAUAUGGGAACUAAUAUUAAUGAGUUGGAAAAAAGAAAAGAAGAAGUGAAGGAUGUGAAUCAAACAGAACUUUCCAAAUUUGAAAACACUAUGAAGAAAAUCAAAGAUCAGAAUGUCCGGCUCAAGAAGGAAGUCGAUCAACAUACCGGAAAAUUGGAGACUGAGCUAAUUAAAAAGUGGGAAGAUGUACAUCGAUGUACUGAAACAGAAGAAAAAGAGGUGUCCCUGCUCAUAAAAAGCCUGACUUCUAAAAGGUCAGAAGUUGACGAUAUUAUCCAAUCAACUGACAGCAAGAGAGUCUUUGUGGAUGGUUUGGGUUUAGUCCAAUCAAUGGAAGAAAUGAUCACACCACCCGACUCAAAGUUUGAUUCUAUUCCAAUAUUUCUUCCUGGACAAAUAACACCUUAUAACAUUGGUUCACUAGAAAAUAUUUCUACUAAGGGUGAAAUUAGAAUUAUGAAACAGUUUGACACUGAAAUCUCUGAUGUUCAGUUUAUGGCAGCCUGUUGUGAAGAUACAUUGUGGAUUACUGACUGUAAAAUACUACAGAAAGUGAAAAUAGAAGGGAUGAGUUUGAAGAUAAUUGAUCAGAAAGACAUUGGAAUCUAUGGUAUGGCAAGUACUCCAUCUAAAGAUCUACUUUUGGUUACGGCGGGACCUAGACUGAAGCAGAUCAGUGGUCAGACAGGUGAAAUGACUGAUUCUUUGUAUGAAGUAAAGGGUUUAGAGGAGACAUCAGCUGUUCAUGUAAACUCAGAUGGUAAAGUCACUGUUGGUGCUUUUAGUGGGGAAAUAGUUUUCCCAGCUGUAGGAAGACGGGUUGUGGUUGUGAUGGAUAAACAUGGGAAACAUGAAACUACUUAUGAAAAUGACAGACAAGGAAAUCCUAUAUUUACAUAUGUGUUGAAAAUAACCAGAACAAAGAAUGGUAAUAUCUGUGUAGUGGACAUCUUAUCUGAAGAUGAAAGAGGUAGAGUGGUAAUACUGAGUGAGGAUGGAGAUGUUCUUAAUAUCUUCAGUGGACAUCCAGAAGUUAACACAGACAAAAUACCUUUCAAACCAAUGUGUGCAUUCACUACUCCAUCUGACAAUAUCAUUGUGUCAAACUUAAACCAUAACAUAUACUUUCUUAAUAAUUCUGGGAAUUAUAUUGGAUAUUGUGACACAAGUAUAAAGGGAAUAAUAUUGCCACGUUCUUUCUGUAGUACAGAAGCUGGACAUACUUAUGUAGGAUGUGUUGUACCUAAUGGCAGUAGUGAUAAGGCCAAAAUAUAUGAAGUGAAUUUUUUGUGAGUUAGAAACAUUUCAGUUCAUGUAAGGGACGUUAGAUUCUUUUGAUACUAUAGUUCCAAAACUGUGAGUGCUUGAUAUUUAUGUAAAUGACAGAAGUAAGAUUCUUUUGACUUUGAUACUAGUUCAGAAAGAGUGUUUGACUUUUGAUACUAGUUCAGAGAAAGUGUUUGACUUUUGAUACUAGUUCAGAGAAAGUGUUUGACUUUU